GCUAUGUCGUCAGUAGCCAGGGAAAGCCUUCCUGCAUUGAGCGCUAAUUUGACCGUACUCCAAUCUAGGAUUAGAGGGAUGCUUUUGGGCGCUGUUGUUGGAGAUUGCUUCGGCACGAGAUUCUGUGAUGUCGGUAUGGAUGCGUUACCGAUGGCGGAGGUCGCCGAGAUGAUUUCGUAUCGAGCUAUGGCUCCGUCUUUGGCGAAGCUCUCUGGGAAUCAAUGGUUAUUCAGACUCUCAUGUAACGGUUAUAUGAUGCUGAAAGCGACUGAGAAUGUUCUUGACGGUGGAGAUAGUGCAGUUCUUCGGCAGAGUUUUGUGGAUUUGAUUAACGACCCCAGCAUGAAUCACCUCAAGUGGGGAGCUGGGAUAGGUUCGGUGUUGCUUGGUGAUGCUCCUAAAUCGAACACACUACGUGGCAACACUGUUAUGAUGAGAAGCUUACCAGCGGCGCUCUUCCCUGAGGGCGAAUAUGAGAGGAUCUUUGAGCAAAUGGCCGAAGCCGUUCCUGUUCAAGAGGUUGCCAAGGCUCGAGCAAAGUGCUUAGUCGAUGUUGCGCGCAAUUCAUUGGAGACGGGCGUGUGUGAUUUGUCGUUGAUCAAAGAUUCUCGGACGAUAUCUGCGCUUCAAUUAGCGACGCCGGCUAGUUAUGACGAGGUGUCUAUGGAUAUCCAGAGAAGGCUUGCUGCUAGAGUUGGUCAUGAUUCGAUGGCUAGCACGACCUUACCAGUGGUUGCAUUCGCCAUCAAACAGGGCUUGGUCGGAGGAGAGGUCCAUAGCAAUGACGAGGAUACUGAAUUGGGCGGAGCGUCUUUGGAUCCGUCGAUGUUCUCAGCCAACAUACUUAACAUGAGCAACAGGAUAGACUUCGCUGAACAGUUCUAUGACGAGACCGAUAAUGCUAGCCCGACAUUUGGUCAAAACGAGAUGCAUAUGAUCUUGAGCUGGGCUAUCAGUUGUGGUGGCGACACCCGAGCCAAUGCAUGCCUGGCCGGUGCAUUAGCAGGAGCGACGUAUGGUGUCGAGCAAAUUCCCCACGAGUGGAGAGUUACAUGUGAAGGCACUAAAGUGGCUCUCAGCGUGGCCGAUAGAGUCUUCGAGGAAGUUUAUCUCGCUAAUCCCGUAUUGGCCGAAUCGAUCGCGCGAUCGAUUUCGAUCCCAACUCGCCCAGCUGCACCCCAGUAAACUGUGACAUACCCCUGUUUAUCGUUCCUUGUAGUUUUCCUACAAUGUCGUCUACAAUUGCGAUGCUCGAAAAUCUUCACUGUGCGCAAAGAUAUCUCUAUAGAGGAUAUCAGCGUGAGCAUCUACCAGCUGUAGGAAUAUGUAAUUUUGUGGCUCAGCGGUUUUGGUGACACUCGCGUGUCACGUUAGU